ACUUGCGGCGGAGAUAGCGUAUCUGGCGGAGCGGCCGCUGCGGUGGCAGAGUGACAGCGAGGCUCAGGACUCGUCGAGCCAUGGCGGGGCUACUGCUGCUGGCGGCGCUGUGCGCGACUGCAGGGACGACAUCGGCGACCCCCCGCCUGCCCCUGGCCGCCUCCACGCCGCUCGACUGGUGGCAGACCGCGCUCGUCUACCAGCUCUACCCCUUGUCCUUCAAGGACAGCGACGGCGACGGCUACGGCGACCUCAGAGGUGUUCUCGAGAAGCUAGACUACAUAAAAGAGCUCGGAGCCACUGCGAUAUGGUUCAACCCCAUCAACAAGACUCCGAUGAAAAACUUUGGCUACGACGUCUCCAACUACACCGCCAUCGACCCGAUCUUCGGAACUUUUGAAGAUUUCAAGAUACUUCUGAAAAGAAUGAAGGAGCUCGACCUGAAAUUCAUCAUGGACUACGUGGGCGACCAUUCAAGUAUCGAAAUAGAAUGGUUCAACAAGUCUGAGUCGGGCAUCGAACCGUACACCGACUACUUCAUAUGGCACCCGGGCCACUACGACAACGAGACCGGCAUCAGAUACAUCCCCAACAACUGGCCGCCGCUGUACGGCAACCAGUCGUGGUUCUGGUCGGAGAAGCGGCAGAUGUACUCCUGGCGCACGACCAUCGAGUCCGUGCCGGCACUCAACUGGCGCAGCGAGCGGCUCAAGGCCGAGAUGAUGGACGUGCUGCGCUUCUGGCUGGACCAGGGAGUGGACGGCUUCAGGGUGGACUCCGCCAGUCGCCUGGUGGAAGACGCGCAGUUCAGGAACAUCACCUCGACCUUCGACCCCAUACACAACCAACCCGAGACCUACGAGCUGGUCGCCGAGUACAGGGCUUUCCUGGACCAGUACAAGACCAAGGACAAUCACACCAGGGUGUUGAUAUUGGAGACAAUGGGCCACCUGAAGGACAUAGUCAAGUUCUACGGCACCAAGGAAAAGCCAGGCGGUCACUUCCCCUUCAACUGGCUGCUGAAGCAGAACGCCGGACACAACGCCAACGCCUCCGUCCUCAACUGGAUCGUCAACACGGAGAUGGAAGCCGUGCCCGAGGGCAUGUGGUACAACUGGCUGUCGGGCAACCACGACUCCCCGCGCAUAGCGUCGCGCGCGCCCGGUCGGGUCGACGCCAUGAACAUGAUGGUGCUGCUCCUGCCGGGCACAGCCGUCAGCUACAUGGGCGAGGAGAUCGGCAUGACCAACAACCCGGACAUGAACUACUCCAACGGCCUGGACGCGGCCGGCUGCCUGGCCGGUCCCGAGGGAUACCGCGCCAAGUCCCAGGAUCCGGAGCGGUCCCCGCUGCAGUGGGACAACUCCACUAAUGCCGGGUUCUCGACGGCCGCCAAGACAUGGAUGCCGGUCAACAAGAACUACGUGAUGGUCAACAUCGCGGCGCAGGAGCGGGCGGAGAACAGCCACCUGAAGGUGUACCGGAGGCUGGCCAGGCUGAGGAGGACCAAGACCAUCCAGAGAGGAGCCGUCGACAACCAAGUGGUUUCAGACUACGUCUUUGCGUUCACCAGGGAGCUCCAGGGAGAGGACACGUACAUCGCGGUCAUGAACGUGGGGCACGAACAGCAGACGGUGAACCUCACCGCCGUGUACCCUCACCUGCCAGGCACCGCGCGCGUCAUAGUGGCGGGCGUGAGCUCCGGGUACUACAUCGGAGACGAGGUGACCUUAGAAGUCCUGCCACUCAAGUCCAAUUCUUCUCUGGUGCUUACGACUGGGGAGGUCAGGGAAUAGAAUGGCGGUUGAAGUGAGAACUAUUAAAGAAGAAAAUUUCCUGUCUUGUGCAAGAUUGGUUUGAAUAAAAGAAAAAAUUAUAUAUUACCAGUUGUUAUUACCAGCCCUACUUGUGUUGAAGUAUUUUUAGAUAACUGCACUGUACGAAGACUCUUUGCGACUACUUACAAUCAUGUAAGGUUGUUAUUUCAAAACUAUUCGAUCUUGCAUACGUCAUGAUGUGGUGAUACUCGUAGUUCUAUAUUUAUGUUGCAUAGCUAAAUGAAUGUAUCCUAAUUACGCACGAUGUACUGUGCAGCUGAGUGCAUAAGAAGUAAUGCAUAUAUUAAUAAAUUUUGUAUCCUUUUUUACAAUAUGAUUAUAAUUUACUAAAUUAAUUAGGAUAAUUUAGCACACAUAUAAGCAAGCUUGUGUAUGAGUGCAUCUAGUCACUUAAUUGACGUGCGGUAUUUUGACUAAUGUAAACAUUUUUGUAACAAAUGACCAAUAUAUAAAUAAAAAUAACUUAAGUAAUC